AUGGCGACUUGUGCGUACUGCCACUUGGCUCUGGAUGGAUGGGAGCCAAGUGACAAACCUUUCGACGAGCAUUACCAUCGAUCACCCAAUUGCGCAUUCUUUGCCCUGCUCAACGAAUUCGGAGGACCCAAGAAGAGGACUGCUCGAGGCAGGGCGGCGGGUGGAUCGAAGGCUUCUCGACUAUCUAUGCAGUCGGUGGCUACGACCGCCUCUGACAUCGCGUCUGUUGCCGACAUCACGGUAGAACCGGAUGACAGCGUACUCACCACUACGUCGACGAUGACACAAGGGACCAGGAGGACUGCAAGCAAGAAAAAGAAGGCAGCAACCACCAAAGGAAGGACUAGAACCAAGAAGGUGCAAGAAGUUGAGCAAGAAGAGCUCGGUGCUGUCGAGGAAAAUCCCGUGUCACCACCGAAGACCACAAAAUCGACACGUGGCAAGAAGCGGUCCAGUGAAGACAUGGAUGAUUCCGUUGUCAUCUUGUCCGAGGCGCCAGCUCCCAAGAAACGAGACACUACAAAUCGAGAAAGCAGCCAAAUAGACGGCUCUACCAUUACACCCGAAGAUGUUGCAUUGGCUGAUGUGCAAGCAUCGAAACCGACCAGCCGCGCCAGAAGUUCCGGCGCAAAGUCAAGUCGCAAGCCAUCUGCCCUGGGGGCAUCCAUGGCCUCGCUCCGGGCACCCCUUGGCGACCUCCCCGACGAUGAGGAGAUUGAACGCCAGCUUGAGGCAGACCUGGAACGGCCAUUGACGGAUGACGACGAAAUUGCACAUGACUCGGAGUCAGAGCGAUCCAAAGCAAUGGCCAAGGAAUCGAAGGGCGACUUGACCAGUGACCAGUUGCAUGACUACGCCAUGUUCAAUCCCGCUGAAAUCCAGCACGACGAAGACGCGUUGGACGAUGAACUUCGAAAUCUUCAAGCCGAAAUGGAGGUGGACGAGCCAACGCAAAAGAUUCACGUUGAUAAAAAAGGUCGCAAGCCUGGAACCGGAGCGCGCAAAGCCUCCAAGCAGACAAGAGCAAAGAAGGCUAAAGCUCCUUCGCCAUCACCGGAACCUGAACCGGAGGCAAUUGAUCCACCUUCAGAGGCUGGGGAGCCUGAGGUCAGCAUCGGAAGCACAAAUGCCGUGGUGGUGGAGAAUACAGACACCAUGGCUUCACCUCGGUCCAUCAAGGCUCCUCGACGAGCUGUCAAAUCGUCCCCAUCUUCGAAAGCUGAAUCAAAACCCGCAGAGGCACCAGCGAAGCGUGUUUGUAGACCGAGCGAGGCAACGGCUGAGCCGAUACAACUGUCGGAAUCUACUCGGCGAAACGGAGCCAAUGCUGAUGACAGGGUGUCCCAAGUAGACGGGAAAUCAAUACAACACGAAUCUGCCGGGACGCCACCCCUUGACGGGGCUGCGUCGCCUCCCCACGAAGCUUCUUCGCCGGCUGCAUCCAGGUCGAGACUGGCGGUUGAGCCGCCAUCGACACCUCCCAAGUUGACGUCACCAGCAACGUCGGCGCGCCAACCAGCAUUGUCGCCGUCACCGUCGCCGCAGCCAUCCGAUGCCGAAAACCUGCCCCCGUCAUCUGCGCCCCCAGCCAGCGCCAAGGCGAAGCGCGUAGUCCUUGCACCCGUAACCGCGACGCCCGCACGCAACUCACCGUCAAAGCGCAAUAUGCUUGCGGCCGGCCUGCAGAGUCAAACUCAAUGGACCGCGGUGGAUAUCGAUGCUGUGCUGGGUACACCGCACCGCGGGGAUGACAAGGAGAAUGCGGUUAGCCGGCUGUUGAAGCAAGGCAAGGAACUCACCAGCCCAGAGAAGCGCAUGACUGUAGAAGAAUGGAUUUACUUCAAUGCCGGAGAAGCAGAGAGGAAACUCAAACAUGAAUGCGAGUCUAUGGUCACACAAUUUGAGAGAGAGGGUACAAGGGCAAUGAAUGUUUUGGAAGGCCUGUCAGUAGAAUAA